AUGACGAACACGCUGGGCCUGUGCUGCUGGACUUUCGUGCUGCUGGCCGUGCUGGGCUCGGGGUGGAGUGGCCCUCUGGCCGGGAGCCCCCCUGGGCAAGAGCUACAAGCCCUGCAGGACCUUUUGGCACGGCUGGAGGCGCAUUUUGGCCAGGAGGAGACGGGCGCAGAGGCUGUUGAAGCGGACGCCUCGGAGCCGGACCCAAGCGACGACUUGGAGGAGGCCCUUCCUCCCAGCCUGAUGGGAACUGUAGUCCCGCUGCCCGAGGCCGAGGCCCAAUGGAGGCGGUUCUUCGCUUCGCCCAAAAGGAGGCGCUAUUUUGCCGGGUGCUUUGGAUCUCGGCUGGAACGGAUCGGGACCCAGACCGGGCUCGGCUGCAACGUCUACAAACCCCGUUUGAGGAGAAAACCCCGGAGUUGA